ACAUGCGAAAGUUAGUUCCUCCGAACGAUGUAAUUUCUCAAUUAAAAGCGUUUUAAAACAACGUGCAGUGUUGUUAUAAUUUUUGACAGUUAUAAAUAAGUGUGUGUAAUACAGUGAGUUUUUUGAAGUUGGAUAAGUGUGUACUGAUAACGAUUUGGGCAUUUUUUUUUGUCGCGGAGGGAUCUAUAUGCUGCCACGGGCUCUGGCGUGGAGCGUGAUUUGAAUUCUCUUCGCUCCCUUUUAUUGUUUUUAUUUUCUCAAUGAAAAUGUGUUGAGAUCUAAGCGAUUUAUACUUAUGUUUUAUACAGAUAUAUGUUAUUUUAACAGCAAACAAUCCUUUUUUACCUUAAAUUUAUUAGAGAUCUACCAUGGAGAUCAAUACUGCUGACAUUGAGGAUCACCAGAAGGAGAAAAUGUUGUCCACCUCAGAGGAGGACGCAGCUCCUACCUACAGUGACCCCUCACUCCCCCUGAAUUUCUCAGAGCUCACACCUUGCCAGUUUGGCAUUUCUGUCCAGAGUUUUAUCCCAGCGUCAUCAUCAAAAUGUAAAGAUAAGUCUCGGAUCGCACAAAUCAAGGCAAGGCGGAGGUCCAGUGUUGGUGUCCGGGGCUCCCCAGAGACAAACUCCCUCAUCCGGUUUAUGGCUAAACAGAGGAUGAAGACUCCACCGUCCCACCAGACAUCAGAGCAUGUCAGAGGUAGCCCCUUCCUUCCCCGGGUCGCCUCCACACUGAAGCAGAAGAUAGCCUCCUUCCAGAGACUGAUUGAUGAGGAGGAGGGUGAGGUCUGUGAUCCGAUGCCAAGGCAGGACAGCAAUGGUGGAGGAUGCAUCAAGACAAGAGAUUAUCUGUCUGAUGAUACCAGCCUUGAUAGAGGAAAGGAGAACCACCCUCUAGUGACGACACCCACGCCCAGCAAAAGGAGGCGCCUGGGCCCCCUUGAAGGCUGUGAGGAGGAGGAGGACCAAGUGACACAGGCUCUGACAGAAGCACCACUGCCAUCCAGUGAAACUAUGGGAAAGGGCCAAGCUGUGCUUAUUUCCCCACCCCUCUGUGUAGACUUGGCGCUCCAAACCUGGACUCCUAAGGACACUGUCUUUGAACCCCCAAGUCCCGGCCAACCACCACCUGACAAUCCUUCAGCUGCUUCACCAGCCCGGCCUGCUUCGCCCCUCCACAUCUCUUCUCUCCCUUCUCUGCUGGAGGUGCAGCCCACAGGUUUGGAUCACUCCACUCAGGCAUCAAGUAUUAAAAAGAAGAGGGUUCGUUUUGGAGGCCCACUUUCUCCUGAAUUCUUUGAUAAGAACCUGCCCCCCAGCACCCCAUUGCAGAAGGGGGGCACACCAGCCCGAGCAUCCACACCAGGUGGGAACUUAAAGCUGCGCUCAGUGCUGAAGACACCACAAGCUCAGCCGGACCUCAUCAGCCCCACUGUAUUUGGUGCCUCCCCUACGCUUGCAGUGUCUCGCAAGCACAGAAUCAAGUCUGUAGGAGAGGACAGUGAGGACAAGGAAGGAAAGGUUGUUUUCCCUUCAUUGGAGGAGAUUGACAGUCAAGUGAAAAGUGAUACAGAAUGUACAUGGGACACCGUGCCGUUGAAUUUAAACACUGCUUUCCAUGAGGAGUUUGUUUCUCAGACUGUGACAGAGUCUGAGAUUAAAACCAGCCCACCCUCCCAGAUGGAUGUCCUGGAUGAGCCUGCAGUCUUACCAGAGACAGAGCAGCAACCUGAAGCAGCUCUAGUCAGACCUCGCAGCCAAAGGAAAAAGCAACCAAGACCAGAGUGUGUAUCUGCCAGUGAGGCUCCAGCUCGCUGCUGCAGUCGGAAGAGAAAGCAGCCAGAGGAGAGCAAACCUGUGAAGAGGUCAACACGCUCUGCUGCCAAGUUGGCCUCAGUAAAGAUGAAGAUGACCUCCGCAGCGAAACACCAGUGGAACAAGGAUGUGGACCGCUCCCUGUACGGCUCUCGGGAAUACGCCUCCAAGAACCCCACCCUGAGUCCCAUCCGCGAGAGACUGUCCUUCACUAGCCAGUCUCCAGCAGCACAGCAGACUCCCUCUGCGGGCUGUGCAGCCCAAGAUCAGGAGACCCACCUGAACCCUGAGAUGGCUAACGACAUUCAAGCAGUAGGUGAUUUCACUGUGACAAAUGCCUUGGAACAUCCUUCUAAAGAUUUGGACACAUUUCCCCAUUCUAGUAAAGGAAGGGCGUCAAGGAAGGGCAGGAGGUUAUCAGGGCCAAGGGGCCAAGACAGAGGGCUGAAGAUGAGGAAGGUCAGUGUUGCCAACAGUGACCAGCUCAGUGAACAGCCUCUGGAUCACACUAGAGGCAAGUCAGAGGAGCACUGUGAAGACCAGACCACUACAAAUUUUGAGGGAUCAAGCAAAAUCCCAUCGACACAUAGUGCACCUGAACAGGGAGGAGCUGACAUUGACCUUAAUGCCCAGACUUUUGCACAUACACCCAGCACAGACUCAGACAGGAAGCCAGAGGGCGAUGCCCUUCCACAUGCCUGUCCACCUUCAGAUGAAGAGCUCAACACAUUGAAUGUGCCAGUAGGGCCAGAGCAAAGCAGCCACGUAGAGGAGGGAGUGAACCUUCUGGACCUGGCCCCCUGGCAGGCUGACUUUAACUUUGAGGAUGUGUUCAAACCUGUGGUCACGAGGGGGCAGCGUUCAGUGCGCCGUAGCCUGAGGAAUCAGAGCAGAGCAGAUUACAGCAGCGACAAUGCUGGUCUCGCCUGGCUGCCUCAGACCUCCCCUGACUGCAGUGAAAAGGGCCGCAGGAGGGCCAGGGGCCGACGACUCAGUGCUACUCUACCUGUCCAACCAUCACUUCCUGAAGAGGCACGAGACAACACUUCAUGAGACUUUAAAUUGACCACACAGUUCACUGUCCUGUUCUAUAACUGAACUGCAAUUAAUACAUUUAUUACACUGUCAUACAUAUGUAUUUUAAAAUGGAAUGAGGUGAUUGGUGAUGAAGAACAGGCUGAAUGUUUUGUCUCAGUUAAAACAUUGAUGCUUUUGUACCCUGUGAAUUAUUUGCGCUGACCAGUGAUUUGUAGCCAGAUUCCCUCUGGUAACCCGGACAGUCAAUACACUGAGAGCCCAGUCAUCUCUGCUGACCACCACCUAAUCAAUAUCCAAGCACUCAGCUGGUAAUCACGGUGCAUCUUCACUCUCACUCUCCAAAGUCACAGGAUCGAGCAUCUCCAAGUCAAUACCUUCUCUUUGUGGAUGGAUGACUGGACUGCAUUCACCAUCUGUCAGGCAAUGCUGGGAGGGGGCAGGAAUAAUGAAGUAGUGAUGGAGGGAGAGUGUGUGCCUUACACACAGAAGUCAAGUUAAUGGGUUUAAUGAUGUUCAUUAGUUGUUACUAGAGUGUUUUGGGGGGGGGUUGGCCUUUUUUUUUCCUUUUCUCAUGAGCCACACUGUUAAACUGUAUUUUCUCAGCUUUUAAUGAAUGUUUUUAAUAUUCUGUCAAUAAUUGUUAGUGACAGCCAGUCCGAUUGAAAUUCUUAUGUUGCAUCAGAUUA